CCUCCUCCUCCUCCUCCUCCUCCUCCUCCUUCUUCGGGGGGCCCUCGGGGGGCUGUGGCCAAGCUCUCUGCCGCCGUCGGGGAGCGCAGGGAGGCUCUGCGGGAGGCUCUGCGGGAGUCUCACCGCCAGCGUCGCCUCCUGCUGGUCAUCGUCUGCGUGGCCCUGCUGCUGGACAACAUGCUCUACAUGGUCAUCGUGCCCAUCAUCCCGGACUACAUCGCCGCCCUUGACGCCCGGGAGGUGGAGGCGGAGGCAGAGGAAGCGCGCCCCUCUCUGGGGUCUUUGGAGUCCUUGUCCUGGGUGGUCAAUGGGAGUGGGUCCCUGACCCCUAACGCCACCUCCAGGCCCCCACCGGGGAUGCUGCGCCCUCCGUACCCGGCGUCAGGCAAUGAGGACCUGAAGAUCGGGGUGCUCUUCGCCUCGAAGGCGCUGCUGCAGCUGGCAGUGAACCCUCUGAGCGGUCCCUUCAUCGACCGGGUGGGCUAUGUGCUGCCCCUCCUGAUCGGGCUGGCCGUCAUGUUCCUCUCGACGUUGACCUUUGCCUUGGCUGAGAACUACGGCACCCUCUUCGCCGCCCGGAGCCUCCAGGGUUUGGGCUCAGCCUUCGCGGACACGUCGGGCAUCGCCCUGAUCGCGGACAAGUUCCCCGAGGAAUCGGAGCGGAACCGGGCGCUGGGUCUGGCCCUGGCUUUCAUCUCCUUCGGCAGCCUAGUGGCGCCCCCUUUCGGCGGGGUACUCUACCAGCUGGCCGGCAAGCAGACCCCGUUCCUAGUGCUGGCCGCCGUCUGCCUCCUGGAUGGCCUCCUCCUCCUCUUGGCCGUCAAGCCAUUCGGAGACCGGGCCCGAGAGAACCUCCCUGUCGGGACCCCCAUCUAUCGACUGAUGGUGGACCCUUACAUCAUUGUCGUGGCCGGGGCCCUCACCACCUGCAACAUCCCGCUGGCCUUCCUGGAGCCCACCAUCGCCACCUGGAUGAUGAAGACCAUGCACGCCAGUGAGUGGCAGAUGGGACUCACGUGGCUUCCCGCCUUCUUUCCUCACAUCCUGGGUGUCUACCUCACCAUCAAACUGGCCGACAGGUAUCCUCACCUGCAGUGGUUCUACGGGGCCCUGGGUAUGGUCUUCAUCGGGGCCAGCUCCUGCUUGGUCCCAGCUUGUCACACCUUUGGGCAGCUCAUGGUCCCUCUCUGUGGCAUCUGCUUCGGCAUCGCCCUGGUUGACACUGCCCUCCUGCCCACCUUGGCUUUCCUGGUCGAUGUCCGCUACGUCUCAGUGUAUGGCAGCGUCUAUGCCAUCGCUGACAUCUCCUACUCGGUGGCUUAUGCCCUGGGCCCCAUCGUGGCAGGGGAGAUUGUCCACUCUUUCGGCUUCGUCCAGCUCAACCUGGGCAUGGGCCUGGCCAACGUCCUCUACGCCCCGCUCCUCUUGACCCUCAAGAACAUCUGCCAGGUCAAGCCCUCCAGGUCGGAGAGGGAUGUCCUCCUCCUGGACGAAGGGCCCAAGGGACUCUAUGACACCAUCAAGAUGGAAGAACGUCGAGGCGGCAAGAGCAAGAAAGCCCUCCAGGCAGCUGAAGGGAACAACACUCUAGACUCUAGAGACUUCCGAGGAGCUUCAGAGGAGGACUCUUCGGACUAUGACUAUACUUAGAGGGCAUAGCCAGAGAAGCAUCUCACCUGGCCUCUUCUUUCAUGUCCCGAAAUGUGCCAAUAUGCUACUACACUUUACACUUUUUGUCUUGAUGUGAUGAUGGCUUCCUCCUCCUUCCUCACUCUUCUCUCUCUCUCUCUCUUUGUGUCAAGGUAUCACCUCAAAAGGAAAGAUGCACACACUAUAGGUCGGUGGUUCCCCCAAACUGUGUCCUUUUAAGGGAUUUCCAACUUCAGCUCCCAGAAUCCCAGACUCUUGGCCCAACAUCUCUUAAAGGUCACCGUUUGGGGUACUGUAAUACUAUAUAUAUUUAGUGAUUCCCCAAACUAUGUCCUUUUAAGGGAUUGGGAAUAGUUUGGGGUACUAUAAUACUAUAGUACCCCAAACUAUUCCCUUUAAGAGAUGUUGGACUUCAGCUCCCAGAAUCCCAAACUCUUGGCCCAACAUGACUGAGGCUUCUGGGAGCUGAAGUCCAACAGCUCUGAAAGGGCACAGUUUGGGGUACUAUAAUACUAUGUAUAUUAGUGGUCCGCAAACUGUGUCCUUUUAAGGGGAUUUGGGACUUGAUCUCCCAGAAUCCCAUACUCUUGGCCAA